AUGUCCGGUGCCUUGGAAGCCCCCCUGCUGCCAUCGGCACGGGAUGACCGCGUGGCGCGGCUGAGUGGGGCCCGUGCCCCUGCGGCCCAGCCGGCGCAGCCCUUGCUUGCAGAGCCUCCAGAGGGGGGCGAUGCGGAGGCAAGGAGGGCCCAGGUCUCCUGCGCCGGGUUCUUGCUGGUUGCCUGCCUGGUUGCAAUUACCAUGAUCUGCCGGGAGGCGAUCCAGGGUGCGACGAAGAGCUUCUACUGCAGCGCCGAUGGUCAGCACGUGGAUUCGAAAAGCCCGGCACCUCUUGGCUGUGUGAUACCACUGGCCACGGCAGCUCUUCUGUGCAACCUUGCCGUCAUAGGAGGUCUAUUUUGUGUUGGGCGCUUCGCGUGGCAGUCCGGGGGAGCGGCUUCGGAUGGAGAUGUCACGGAGUUGCGACGCGCCAGCUUGAUUGCUGACCUCCAAGUCUGGCGCGGUUUCAGCGCCAAGGUCCUCCUGAUGGCCGGGUUAACCUACCUGGUUGCCGGCCCAGCGUGCGCUGGCUUGGCAAAGCUGGCUCUCAUCUUCCUUGCCACUGGCUUCAUCACUUUGUAUGCCACGGCCCUGUUUUUCGACCAGGAGUUUGAUCAGGUGCGGAUGUCACCGAGACUCUUCAGGUUUCUUGUAGUGUACAUCCUCGUCGGCCUGACCUUCACUGCGCUCGCAUGCGGGGCGACUCAGAGGGUGGGAGGAGCCACGACCAAGCGAAGUUCCGGAUCGCGCGAUCCGGGGGAGACCAGUGGCCUAGGCGCAAGCGUCAUAGGCCCAGGCGACUCCAAGUAUUUUGCAAACGUUUGCACUGCCCUGGGUUGGCAGCAGGUGGCGCCACCCAGGUGCACAAUUCCUUUGGACUUUGCAUCUGGUGUGUCUUUGUGGUGGGCUGCAUCACCAGUUUUUGCAGUUCUGCUGCCUACACCCAGGGAGACCACCGCACCUGGGAGCUCCUGCCGGCGCUUUCUGCAACGGUGGCGCAAGCACAUCGAUGGGGCCAUUCUGCUUGUUCUUGUUGUGCUUCUUGCACUUUGUUAUCAACCGUGCGCACGCCUGGCACCGAUUGCAUAUGGUAAUGCUGAGAUGGGAGCUUGGGCUGUGUCGUUGCUGACUCUACUGCGGCGGGUGUCUCCGCUCGGCUGUGAUGGGUGGAGGGGUCCUUUAUCGCACUUGCAGAAGCCACCACCAAGACAGGUGCCUGCCCAGUGCUCCGUGUGCUUGCAGGACUUGCAGGCGACAGAGGACUUGUGCCAAACGGCGUGUGGCCACGAAUUUCACCGCAGUUGCUUAGAGGACUGGGUUCACUCAAGGCGAUGGCAACAUCCUGGCUGCCCUCUUUGCAGAGAGUCCCUCGCCAAGGAGGACUCGGAGCAGGUCAUUGCUAAAGCCUCCUUGCCAGGCCCAAGGGAGCCCUUGAUGCUCAUGGCAGUGGAUGUGGCCAUUGAUGGGGGCGAGUGGGGUGACGGCCAGCUGCCUGAGGACCUCGAGGAUCCCGAGGCCUGGCUCAGUCUACUUGCCUGGCUGGACUCAGGUGGCCGCCUCGUGGCCAACCUCGGAUCCCUUAGCCGAGGCCUAGCCCCACGCUCGGCAGCCAGCUUGGAUGCCCUGGCUGAGGCAGCAGAGGCCUUGUCUCUGAAGGUGUGGCUUACUCGGUAUGCGAACAGUGACGAGGAAAUGGAUGGCCUGGACCCAGCCACACUCCGCAACGACUGUGCGGACGCCAACCUGCUUGCCUUGGUCGGCACGGAGAUCUCCGAGAGGGCUUGGGACGCAGUGCAACAAGGCGCCAGACCGGCCAUGAUGCCAUUCAGCUAG